UUAUCCCUGUCUAGACGAGACGAAUGAAGGGUAGUUUGACAGUUUUUUUAUGUUUUGUAUGUAGAGAUUUAAAACGAGAGAGGUAAGGUCAACUUCAACCCACUCGGAUAGUAAUUUGAAGAGAAAAUUGCAAAAAGUAGUCCGGCCCUCUUUUUCAUUUUACCAAGUUUAUUCGACAGGUGCGAAUGUAAAUACUGCCGGUUGAACAAAUAAGGAAAGUGGAGAAAAAUACAAAGGACGAGAAUAAAUCUCCAUAGCAACUAAAGCCCGUGACUCUUUCGCCCUUCGCGAGCUACAAUUGAAAAUCAAAUAUGAAUCUUUUGCAUUUGUGGCGUCUUUUAGAUGAUUUCUUUCGUUUUCGUUUCCAGGUUACAUAUGUCGUUGACAAGGGGUAUAAUAUGAUCUAAUCGGCUUUGCGGUUGUCAAGUUUCGUGAAUUGGUUUCUAGCGUGUAAGCGAGAUUUAAAGGAUAUAAAUCCUAAAGCAUUGGGUAAAGACUAAUCCACUUUAAUUUUCUCUUUUUACGACGGGGAGGCUUAUAUUUUGCAACUCUUUCGACAUUUCAACGUGUUGUCUUGCUUUAGAACACACAAAUCUUACUCUUCGUGGUCGCAAUGUGUGGUCAAAUUCAGGACGUGGUUGUUUAUUCCAUCUCUGAUGAAGCAAAUUUCAUUCGUUUCAAAAAUGUCGUGCGCCUAUGAGUACAUAUCCGAUGCACGUGUCGCGGAGCUGUUAACGUGGGAGGAUGUACUUGAAGCAGCCGAACGUGCCCUGGAGAGUGUCUCCACUGGCGAUGCUUACCAAAGUACACGCGCCCAUCUGACAGUUGGACAAAGCUUCAAUUCGGUCAAUACAAUGAGUGGCUAUCUGCAGGACAAGAAAUACGGUUCGCUAGUCCACCUUUUCUUCAACCCGUUCAGAGGAAAUCGCAACCUGGACCCACCAUUACCUGUUGUGCACUCCGAAAUCACAUUGGUCGACGAAACUACAGGUGUCAGCAAGGCGAUGAUUAGUGGAAAUGAAACGAUGAGGUGGAUAACUCCGGCGGUUUCGGUGGUUGCCACCAAACACCUUCAUAGGAAAGGAAAGGAAACUUUGGCAAUCCUUGGAGCGGGAAAUCAAGGCAGGAUUCAUGCUAUGGCUUUUCAGAGAUAUUUUAAUUUUUCAAAAGUUCGCGUAUGGAAUCGCACCAGGUCGAAGGCGGAGAACUUGGUCAAUGAACUAAACCAAGGUACUAAUAAAGGCGUCUUUACGACGUCGUCUACCGUCGAAGAUUGCGUCAGUGGGGCAGACGUCAUUGUGACAGCAACACACUCCUCUCAAACGUUGGUAAAAAAAUCAUGGAUUAAAGCUGGCGCCCACAUUAACGCGAUUGGCGUCAGCCCAGUUAAUACCGAAUUGGACGCUGACACGUAUCGGAUCUGUAAAAUUUACAGCGACUACAAAGAGGGAGCCGAAGCUGAACUGAAGCACAUUGAAAAAUUGGGUGCUAAAUUUGAGGGACAAGUUGGAGAUGUCAUUUCUGGUAAAAUUUCGCCACCCAAGGAGAGCGAUACCACAAUCUUUCAAAGUUUAGGGAUGGCCGUUCAGUAUUGUGCGAUAUGUCGCUUAAUCUACGACAAGCACCAUUUUAAACAAUAGUGCUGUUACAUACUGAUGCCUGCGAAUGUUAGACCCAAAGAUGGGACUAACGGCCAUUCCGAGGGUUUCUGGUAUGUUCUUUUUCUAGGUAAAAACAAGGAGAACCUGCCACUCUAACUUAGGAUUGUUUUCAUUGUAUCAAAGAU